CAACGCAUUAUUUCCACUGCACGGUAUCGUUUCCAGUUUCCGGUUUUAGCCAUUAGUAGUGACUUGGAGCGCCAAGUCACUUCUCUGCAUGUUUUGUUUCCCAUAAAAUGAAACUGUGGAGGACAACUGAGAUCUUUGAUCCCAAUAACGUCUACUAGGUACCAUCAGAAGCUUUUCCUCCGGACUGUGCUGAACAGGCAGGCACGCGGGUUUCCGCUUUCCCCAGAGCCCAGGCCUCGCUUUUCUUCAAUCCCAAUUACGGCUCUUUGAGGAACAGCUAAAAGUUUCUUUUAACGAAAUCCAGCGCUCCUUUGUCCCAGAACAUCGCUGGGAGAGAGAGGGUCUCAAGGUCCCAGCUGUUGAGGCGAACGCCUACCCAAAGCACAGUCUGGUGCAGCAGCCCCAGAGCAAGCGCGUGCUCGAAGUUUUCCGGUACCGGGAGGCGCGCGCUCGCCCCGCUACGGUCUCCGUACAGGUUCAGGAUUGCAGGGGCGUGCAGGACGCUGCAGGAAGAAGCGGAGGGCCGUGAAGUCCAGCGGUUCCCGCCGGCCCGGGUGGGGGAAGGGUAGCAGUCACGCCCGGAACUCGGUCGUGCUUCUGGGAUCACGCUGAGGGCGGCCUUUUGAAAAAUCUUUGUGGAGUAGUGGACCAGAACUGGGGAGUUUUUAAAAGACGGAGCGCAAGAGGUAGGAAGAUACGAUGGCUUCCUCAUCUGGCAACGAUGAUGAUCUGACUAUACCCAGAGCUGCUAUCAAUAAGAUGAUCAAAGAGACUCUUCCUAAUGUCCGGGUGGCCAACGAUGCCCGGGAGCUGGUGGUGAACUGCUGCACUGAAUUCAUUCAUCUUAUAUCUUCUGAAGCCAAUGAGAUUUGCAACAAAUCGGAAAAAAAGACCAUCUCGCCAGAGCAUGUCAUACAAGCCCUAGAAAGUUUGGGCUUUGGCUCUUAUAUUAGUGAAGUAAAAGAAGUUUUACAAGAAUGCAAGACUGUAGCAUUAAAAAGAAGAAAGGCCAGUUCUCGUUUGGAAAACCUUGGCAUCCCUGAAGAAGAGUUAUUGAGGCAGCAACAGGAAUUAUUUGCAAAAGCCAGACAGCAACAAGCAGAACUGGCCCAGCAAGAAUGGCUUCAAAUGCAGCUGGCUGCCCAACAAGCACAGCUUGCUGCUGCCUCAGCCAGUGCAUCUAACCAGGCAGGAUCUUCUCAGGAUGAAGAAGAUGAUGAUGAUAUCUGAAAUUCACCAGCUGAGGUUUUGUUUCCUCUAUAAAUGUUUCUCUCUGCACAAGAAAACAGUGAAAGAAAUGCUUAUCUGUAAUUUUGUAUGCAUCUUGGUGGACUCACCACUGGUAUUCUAGGGAUGUCUGCUGUUAACUUUCAUCUAUUGUGUGCUAUUCAUGUAAAAAUUGUCUCUUUGAGCUGUUGAAAAUUUAGGCUCAGUAUAAUAUCAAUUUUGAAUUUUUAAUGGUGUUUAUGAGAUUUUAGAUAGCAGUGAGUCCUUUAUUGAUCAGUAAACAGUGUUAAAGGAAACUUCAAGUUUAUAAAAAUAUAGUGAAAUUUAUACAGAAAUUCUAAAUCUACAUUUUUCAUUUCCUCUGCCCUUUUAACUAAACUAAAAAUUGGGAAUUUUAAAUUAUUGGGUUGGGGGUACUGUGCAAUGCAAUAGACAUUAGAUCAGAUUGGUGAAAAAAAAACAAAGACUUCAAUUCUAUAAUAGCUGACUUUUUUGUCUUUUAAAAUGAGUAUAUCUACAGGCUAUAUAUAUACAGCAACACAUAUACACUCAAAUAAAUAUACUUGUUUGAAAAAAUUUCAAAACGACAUUCAGAAACAGGAAGGGGGGUAUAUUCUAUACUAGUUGUAUAAAUUUGGUGGGUUAUAUUUUCAAUUUUGUUUUAUGUAGAGAUAAAAACUACUGUUUUAUUAUGGCUUAAUUCAUCUUGAGCUAAACUAUCACAUUUCAAAGACUGUCCAGUUUUGAGGACUGUCAUGAUUCUUACUAUUUCACUCCAAUAAUUGUCAAUAGUAUUACUUGCUUAGUCUAUUCAUGUUUAUUGGAACUUGUGAAACAAUUGCCUAGGUUCCAUCAGUUUAACUGAGGUUAAUGAAUAUUCAAACCUUUGCUGGGGGAAAGGAAUGGAAGUUAAUGAGCAUGCUUGCUAUAAAAGAGGGAUUUUUUUUUUGUAAUUUAACUUAUAGUUUACUUAUUAUUUGUUUUUAGCAUUACUCUUACAUUUUCUUGACUAGAUGUCCUGCAGUGUCCAAUGCUUCCUUUGAAAUGGCAUCAUUGUCUCCAUCAUAGAGCAAUAGCUUUAAAAAAAUGAUUUGUUUUGUUUUAAAAGGCAUGUAAUAACUAAUCAGUCCUAUAUGAAACAUAAAAAGUAGUUUCAGCCUGCUCAUUAAAAGGGAGGAAGCUUUAAUUUGGUUCUAAGAAUGUAUGGUAAUGAUUUUUAUAGGAAUCCAAUGUGUUGAAGAAAUGGCAUCUUGUUUGUAUUUUGGAAACAAAAUGAAAAAGCCACUUAAGAUAGUAUGAUGUAAUCUCAAUUUCUUUGUCAGUUGCCAAAUCAUUUAAAUUUCUAUAUUCACCAAGCCCAAGGAUAGUUUGUGGCUGCCAGGAUUCUAAUUUUAAUUGGAGAGCUAAGUAAGUAAAGUUUACAAGUAUUAGAUUUCUUAACAAUCAUAUUUUGCAGUUUUAGAAAAAGUGAAAUACUGUUAUACAUUCAUUAAAUACUGUUUCCUCAUGCCAGAAAAAGGUUAAUUUUGCUGAAUGUUUUUAAGUUGAAGUUAAUAUUCUAUCUAUGAAGUGUUUUGGACAAGAUAGAAGGGAUCUUUUUUUUUUUUUGAAGUUUAAGCACCAAAGGUAGUCUAGUCUGAGAAACAAUAAGUUAAUGAGUGUUGGCUUUUCUAAUUUGUACUGUAACAUCCUUAUACUUGCUAUUUUAAGUAUAUCUGUUUCUUAAGUAAACAACCUAGAUAUUUUUCCAUACCUUUUUUUUUUCUGAUGCAGAGUUCAGGUUAAUUAAUAUUUUACUGCAUCUGAUAAUGUAUUAUAUGUUUGAAGCCUAGUGACUUUGCAUUUGGACAUUCUUGUGAUUUCAUAUGCUGUAUUCUUCAAGCAAUAAAAUUCUGAUGUGUUUUA